UAUCAUUUAUUCCCUCCUCUCUGUUUAAAUAAUGCCUAUAUAAUGCAACACUGGUUUUAACUUCUUCGCAUUACACACUGAAAAUUUUAAACAAGAAGAAUAUUCAGUAAUGGAGAUUCAAUCUAUCUUUGCUCUUACCCUCACCGUUAUCUUCUUCUCUGAAGUUCAUUCAGCUAGAUUCACCUUGGAAAACCAUUGUGCCUUCACCAUAUGGCCAGGAAUCCUAGCCGGAUCGGGCAAGCCGGUUUUGUCCGGGUUUGAGUUGGUCUCCCAAGCAUCGUCAACCUUAGAUAUCUCUCCUCCAUGGUCAGGCCGCAUGUGGGCUCGAACCAACUGUGCCACCAACGCCUUUGGAAAGUUCACUUGCGCGACAGGAGAUUGCGGUGCUCCUGGGAUGGAGUGCAAUGGUGCUGGCGGAACCCCACCUGCUUCACUUGUUGAGUUCACACUGGCGGAAAAUGGGGGACAAGAUUUUUAUGAUGUUAGUCUUGUUGAUGGCUUCAACUUGCCUCUUUCGAUUACCCCACAAGGUGGAACCGGCACUUGUCCGUCCACUAGCUGUCCGAAGAAUGUGAACUUGGCUUGCCCGCUGGAGCUGGUGGUGAAGGACUCUGCCGAGAGUGUUAUUGCGUGCAAGAGCGCAUGUUUGGCCUUUAAUCAACCUCAAUAUUGCUGCACUGGAGAUUUUCGUUUGCCAGAGACUUGUUCGCCGACUACUUACUCUAAAAUAUUCAAAGACCAGUGCCCGCAGGCUUAUAGCUACGCUUAUGAUGAUAAAUCUAGCACUUUCACAUGUACUGGUGGAGCUAAUUACGUUAUCACCUUUUGCCCCUGAACUAUCCAAUUUCCUAAAAAUGUCAUUACAAAUUUAGUUGUACACACAUUGUUCUAUUCAAUUAAUAAAGAGUUUGUUGUUGUUAUUUUA